GUUGUGCAGGUAUUUCCUGGGUGCCUUGCGCUGAGGUUUGCGUUCUUGGAAGAGAGGCGGGCAUAGUCUACCUAAUACGAAGUGUUGGAAAGAGAGAAACGAAGGGCGUGAACAGAAUCAUUUAUCAUCAGGUUGGCCCGGUCUAUUUGAGCUUCCUCUCCAUUGCCUCCUCUUCCUUUUCCCCAUCUUCUUUAUCUCUCCACUGCUUGGAUUGGGUUAAUUGAUUUGGCAUCAACACUAUCGAAGCUUGAAUCUCUCCUGUAUUGGCUCUGUCCAUUUCGUUUCAACCAACCAUGGGCGGUGCAAAGGAUGAGGUUGCUGUUGCAGAGGCGCAGCCGCAACACCAGCGUCUGUCCACAUGGCGAUACAAUUCGCCAUACGUCCAGACCAUCAUUAUGGGAUUCGUCCUUUUCUGCAAUCCGGGCACAUAUCUCGCCAUCACGGGCCUCGGCGCAGGAGGCAAGCAGCCACAGCUGAUCGGCAUCGUCAACAAAGCAAACGUCAUUCUGUACUGCUUGUUCGGCGCGUCGGGUAUUCUGGGCGGCAGCAUCAUCAACAAGAUUGGACCGCGAUGGGCACUGAUGAUUGGUGCUACGGGAUACCCAAUGUACGCAGGGUCACUAUGGUGGAUUGACAAGGGCCAAGGCAGCUGGUUUGUUCUGUUUGGCGGCACUUGGCUGGGCCUCUCUGCUGGUCUUCUCUGGUCUACACAAGGCUACAUCACCACAUGCUAUCCUACUGAGGCCGAAAAGGGAAAAUACAUUGCAACGUCCUGGGUUCUUAAUGCCACGGGCUCAAUUGUUGGUGCUGCCAUCGUCCUGGGUGUCACCGUCAACAACACCUCCGUCUCUGGAGUGCCCUCGUCCGUCUACACCACCUUCAUCUGCCUCGAAUGCGCCGGUCUCCUGAUUGCUGGUUUGCUGUUGGACCCGUCAAAGAUCCGACGCAAUGACGGUCGCCCCAUCGCGUCGUUUACCCCUCUUCCGUGGUAUCAAGAGCUUAAGGCACUUGGCCUGACUUUGCUGGAGCCCAAGAUGGCACUCAUCACACUGUCCAUCUACAGCAGCGAGAUGUAUCUGUCGUUGACGGGAGCAUUUAAUGCGUGGUACUUUAAUGCCAGAACACGAUCCCUUGCCAACUUCUGCUACUGGAUCUUCCAAGUUCUGGGAGCCCUCGCCAUUGCGUGGAUCUGUGAUGCCAAAGUUUUUGGCUCGCGUCGACAACGAGCAUUUGUUGCCGGAGCUUUCGUCGCUGUCAUCAUUGGAGGAACCUGGAUCGCCAUGGUUUCAUUCCUCUCCGUCAACGACAUCAACCGCAACCUGACGCCCAGAGCAGUUGACUGGACCGAGACAUCAAAGUUUGCCGGACCUUUCGUUAUCUACAUUUUCUUCGGAGCCUGCUACCCCAUUUUCCAAAACUUCCAUCACUGGACUUACAGCACCUUUUCCAACGAGCCGCACGUUUUGGCACGCUACAGUGGUUAUUUCAAGGGGUUCCAGGCAUUCGGCACGGCAACAGCGUUUGGAAUCGAUACCCAUAGCGUGCAGUUUAUCCGAGAGGCGGGUGCGUACUUUGGCAUGAUGAUUGUGGGAUUGUGUCUCACCAUGGUCGCCAUCUCCUUAUACACGACAAACACGCGAUACGGACAAGAGGAAGGCGUUGUGAUACCCGAGGCGUUUGAAGAAGUCAUCGAAGAGCACCACGAGCAAGUUCACGAGCAAGUUCACGACAAAGCUAUCGACCCAAGCGAAUCGGCAGGUUCACAAAAGGAGUAGAGCGAUGCGUGUUACCUUUAUGUUUAUUAUUUUUUAUGUUGUAUGUAGCAAGCCUGCGAUUUUGGGAGCAGUUGUCCUUUUUAUGAUUACACACACAUAUAUAUUAUCUUAUACCUAGUAAUGUUGUUUUUUUUCUUUUGGAUACUGGAUGGACAUGAGACUUUUUGGCUAUUUGCUUUGAGGCAGAACUUGUAGGAUGACGAGCAUUUGAUGCUACCCAUACUUUUUGGAAAUGAUAUCUGUCCGCAG